GGGAUGGUGAUCUUAGAAGAAUUCCCAUUUCCAAAAGACAUUUUGAAGAAGCAAAUACAAUUGACAGACCAAGAAGCUUUAUUAAACGCCACAGGGAAUUCGCAAGCUGCCGUUGAGAGACAGGAUUCUUUGCCGGAGCAUGACUUUGAAAUGUCACCCAGCAGUCCUACCCUGCUUUUACGAAACAUAGAAAAACAGAGCGCGCAAUUGAGUGAAAUCAUCAGCAGCCUAAUUGCUCCACUCAAUCUGUCUCCAGCUUCUUCAUCUCUUUCGUCCAAGACCUGUAGGCACAGGCAGCUGGUCAAUGGCAUCUCCUUCAGAGCUUCAGACAACAGAGAGGUAUCCUCUUCAAGCAGCUGGUUGCUUGAUCAUCAGCACAUCAAGAAAAGAAGAAGAGACAGGACAAGACUAAGAUCUCUCUCCGUGGCUAAUGUGAGCACAUCUGCCCGAACAAGGCCACUUCAUAGUUUCCAGAAGAGGAAGCUCUACAGAAUGCACGGUGCCUGUUACUGGAAUCAGCAGACUUGGCCAUCUAGAGAUGCCUCCUUUCCAUAUAAAACUCAGUUACCGUGUAUGGUGCCAGCCUCCACUUUCAGCAGUAGUGAGUACAGAGCGGAAUCUAAAAUACUAGAUUAUGUGCAAGAGCUGGACUCUUCCUUCCAUCCGGUCUUAUCAUUCCCUUCAGAUACUCCUCUUCACAUAUACUUUGAAACAUUAUUAAGGAAGGAUGACAUCAAAGGAGAACCUGCUGAUACCUCAUCUUUGGGAGUGGAGUUUAAAGUGUCUCCAGACAAUGACUAUAAUCAACAUAACGUUUCUGUCAAACAAUGGAGCAGCGGCUGUUUAUCUAAUUCCAAAUCUCAGUCAGUGUCAGGAACAUCUGACCAGCUGUCAGAGGGAAGAAAGAAAAGACAUCUAAGUGAGACAGCAGUAGGCGAACGUAACGCUAGGUUUGAGACAUUCUCCUUUCAACAUGCAGAACCAGAAUCCCAUAGCAGUUUUGCUGCCGUGACCAAUGUCAGCGCGAUGUCUAGGCCCACUCAUAGCACUUCAUCACAGCAUAACUCCAGGAGGAGAUUGAGAAGUGAGAGCUCCUAUGACAUAGACAACAUUGUUAUUCCAAUGUCGCUGGUGGCACCAUCAAAGUUGGAGAAACUACAGUACAAAGAAAUCCUUACCCCAAGCUGGAGAGUUGUUGAAUUUCAACCUUUAGAAAGAUCUCAUACAGAUGAAGAAGAGAUAGAAGAUCUGUCAGAUGAAGUUUUUUCCUUACGUCAUACAAAGUAUGAAAAAAGAGAGAGAGCAAGGUGGUCGCUGUGGGAGCAGAGCCGCUGGCCCAGAAGGAAUAGCAGAUCUUACAGCAAAAAUGCUGACGGACGACACAGCCAAGAUUCGGUACAGAAAGACCACCACGGCAGCUCCUGUGCCUCGCUGCAUUGUGCUGCUGACUCUGUUCCCGACUUGACUUCGGAAGCCCACAGCUCUGUUUGUUCAGGGAUUGCACAACUCUGCAGGGAGAGCCAGGAAGCAAAGUCUGGGCUGUGGGAACUUCGAGUUUUUCCACUAAAAGAUGAAGAGGUAGAAGCUUUACUGUGCCAAGAUCAAGUAACGAAUCAGACUGAAAUGUCAAGUGCAGCUUUUCCCAGCGACUCUCUCUGCACUUCAUGCACACCCGUUGGUUUGCCAGACAAUGGCCAUCCACCAAGAAAACAAUCUACCGAAGAGUCAGAAGACUGCGAAAACGUUUGCCUGGGAAUCAACAAUACAAGAAAACAAAGGUGACAGGGAAUAAUGUGGUUCAUUAAGAAAGCCAAUUAAGGUGGAGAAAAGUGUAAGGUAAAAUCUCUUGUUCACACAGCAUAUGACAGCACAAUUCAAAACGUGUAUGUUAGCUGCAUAUAAUAUAUUUUCUUUCUUGCUUUGUAACAGGCAGGAUAAAUCCCAAAGACAACACUUUCUUCUUCCUGAACCCCAAGAGA